CCUCUCCGACGCCGCCCAGGAGCAGCUGUCCAUGUACGACAAGGGCCUCUACCUUGAGCCCGACUGCGUCAAUGGCGCGUCCCCCAUGCCCGUCCACUGCAACUACAUGGGUCUGGGCCAGGAGUGCCGCGGCUGCUUCAUGGACAAAGAAAUCGCCGUCGUCAGAGGGGAUCGUGGCGGGAUGUGUUUUUGCCCUCUAGCAGAGGAGAUUGAGUGACUCUCAGCGGCAACAGAAAAACCUACUCCCUUCUUUCAAAUCUAUUUCUUAAUAGAAACAACACAACCAACCCGUUCCGUCGGUCUCUAUCAUCCAUAAUGAGUCCAGGAAAUAACAGCGAUGAAUUCACAGUGUAAUGCUUGAUGCAUAUUCAUUGGUGGGGCUCUUGUGGUAAGUAAGUUGUUUUCCAAUCCAACAUUCAUUUUCGCCCUGCCAGGAAGCCCAAAAGAGCUCUGCGUGGAUGCAUACGUUAGUUGGUUGCAUUAUGAACCUUGAGAACCAGCAAGGCAACCUCCGAUGCACGAUUGCCCUCCGCGACAGCAUGUACACAAUCAAUCGUACCGAAUUUUCUACCCCACCCAGUACAUAGUUUUUUUUCAUCUCUUGCCCAUCUCCCUCUAUCGGUACGCGAUUGAUUGCCCGUCGCGCUUUUUCCAUUUCAGACCUGCGACGGCGCCACCAGGUACCUCGAUGAUUUCGCUGAGGAAAUCUCCGUGUGGGUGAGUCGAUCGACGGUGUAUGUAUCGCGAGAAGGUUGUGGCUUCCUUGUUUCUUUGUUGAUUGCAAUUAGUUCUGUGAAGCAACAUGUUUUGUACAGAGUAAUGUAUUGCUCCAGUGGGUUCCCUGAAGACUGCGAGGACGCCGAUCGAUGCAAACAAAGCCAAUGAACAUUCAACCGGACAAAGGAACAACGGGAGAAAAAUCCUUCGAAGCCAAACCCUCAUACAAUGAAUGCUGGCCUUUAGAGAGUCUAUCCCGGAUGGAUGGAGAUAUAUUUACCUCUGGGUCACCAGGUUUCGAUUAACCUGCCGUAGUACGGAAGCGUGUUUCCCCGUCGGUUGAGUUUGGACCAGAUGGAAGUGACAAUAGAACGCGAAAAGACACCAAGCUAGGGUAGUUAAGACCCCAGUGUUGAAGUGAAUAAAAGUUGGUUGUCUCAUCGAUCCAACGCCGCAAUCAUCCACCACGCACGCACGCACGUUCGUCCACGUCUCGGAGGCAUGCAAAAAAAUUGCAAACUAACA